GAGCAGCGGAUGUGUUGAUGCUUUUGGACGUUUUGUUUUUAUUUUUAAACGCCCAGAGUCGAUGUGAAACGAACGCGAGCGGACUCCUGCUCCGUUAUUGUGCUCCAGGGACCCUGCAGCAAACGCGAUGCGGCGUGAGGCGGGUGUUAUGAGGUAGAUCGAGCCGCUGCUGCUGCGCUUCGGCCGCGGAGACACAUCUGAGAGUAAAUCCGCCGCAGGAGCGUUUCCGGCCCGCGCGAGCAGGAACCAUGAGUUUGCGAGAGCUGCAUCUGAACGGUCCAUGAUGAGCAGUGCGUCUGCAGAUCGUGAGGUGCGCUGUCUGCUGUGAACACGCCACGCCUGACCCUCGGCCUGCUGGGAGCUGCAACUCUUUCCAUGUGUUUAUUUGAGGUGCUUUUAUGUCCAGAUCAGAAGCGCUUUCAGACUCUUUUCUCAUGGCUUUGAUUGCUCAGACACUAGCGGCGGAGUUCCUGUCUGCAUCGAGUGGCAAAGUAAUGCGGCCCUUUCUCUGGGCUGCGCUGUGAGCGUCUCGCUGUGGUCCUGUUGUGCUCGUCUUCUCUCUUCUGAGCGUCAGAAUGAGACAUUGUGUCGGGACAGAGAAGAGCGUGUGAUCUCUCACCAGCAGUUUUGCACUGAUCCAGAAAAAUGAAUGGAGGCAAAGAGAGGGAGGGUGCUGAGGGCAGAGGUCAGCUCGCCCAGGUGCCCAUCGGCUGGCAGCGCAAGGUGGAGGUCUCGGGGGUCCUGUAUAUCAGUCCGAGUGGAUCAGUGCUGUCCUGCCUCGAGCAGCUGAAGUCGUACCUGCUGACCGAUGGCACGUGUAAGUGUGGUCUGGAGUGUCCUCUCGUCCUCCACAAGGUUUUCAAUUUUGAUCCUGGUGCGGUGGUGAAGCAGAGGACUGCGGAGGAUGUGAAGAGCGAUGAGGAUGUUACGAAGCUCUGCAUCCACAAGAGAAAGCUGAUUGCAGUGGCGACGCUGCAUAAGAGCAUGGAGCUGCCGCGUCCGUCCCUGACGCUCACCAGCCCCGGCGGAGGCACACGUGUGACCUCCGUGACCCCUAACGCACAGCCUCGAGCAAUAAGGAGUAAAACCCACGAGGGCCAGCCCGAAUGUAAGAACCCGUUCAAGGCGAUGAUGGCGGCGGGGCAGCGGCACUUCUCUCCGGAUCCGUGCGGCCCGCAGCAGCAGGAGGUUUUCCCUGCAUUCUCUAGGCAGAGGCUGCCCAGCGGCGGGCACGGAGGCAUGCUGAGCCCUCCCUCGCAAGCCUUCGGCGACGGCUCUCUGUCCCCGCGAACGGACGCUCUCAGCAGCCCCGACAGGUUUGUGCGCAACACACCAUGUGGCUUCCAGGGGACCGGCAGUCCCGGGGCCAUGCACAGCAGCAGCCGCCGCAUCCCUCUGUCUUCUCCUGGAGUCAUGAUGCACGGCUCGCCCGCCUCCCAGUCGUCCUGCAUCAUGGCUGGAAGGACAAACAUGCCUCUCUCCCCUUCGGUCCCCAACAAGAGCCCCAUCAUGAAGAAGCCCCUGUGCAGCUACCCGCCGGGCAUGGACUCCAGCAGGACUGUGUUUCAUCACAAGGCCCUGUCUGCUCCCGCCUGCGCCCUGCAGAGCAAGCAGCUGAGCUUCGAGAAGGACCCUCUUGGCAUCCUGGAUCCGAUUCCCAGUAAACCCAACCCUUCCGCUUUCCAGCCCAGCGUCCACUCUCAGGUACCAAUGAUGAAUGUAAACAUCCCCCCCGCCAUCGUCCCGCUGCCGAGUAACCUGCCUCUGCCCUCGGUGAAGCCGGGGCCGGUGGGUCACAUGCAGAGGACUCAGCAUACCGCCUCCAUCUCCCCGUCGCCUGUCUUCCACCAGUACAAAGACGUGCCCAGCCAGCUGCUGGCCGGGAAGAGCGCUCAGCACAACCCCAUGUAUCUGCCGGCCCCGGGUGCCGCCCCACAGAAGGAGCACCCGGGCCUCUUGGGAAUGCCACUGAACCAGAUCCUUAACCAACACAACGCUGCCUCUUUCCCCGCCAGCAGCCUCCUCUCAGCGGCCGCCAAAGCACAGCUAGCAAAUCAAAACAAGCUGGGAAGUGGCGGGGCGAGCGUGGGGCCGUCUGAUGCCGGCAGGGCCGUCGAAGGCCACAAUGCUCUAAAUCCCAUGCUGCCACCCAACCCUGGCAUGAUCGUGGCCGGCGGCGAGGGCCAGAGCGGACGCGCCGCGCUUCGGGACAAGCUGAUGGCGCAGCAGCGCGACCCUCUCCACAAGCGCAAGCUUCCUCCCAACGCUAACCACGACAGCGCUUUCUUCAUGAGGACGCCCUGCCCCUCGACUGAGCAGAUGAGAAAAACCACCCGGCUGCCCUCCAACACGUCGAUGGCUCAGCUGCUGCAGUCUCUGAGCAACCACAGCUCGCACGGGCCCCGGGGCCGAAGCUUGUGCGAGGUUCCGAUCGCGCAGGUCCAGCAGCGGCUGCACGGCCCCGGAGUGGAGUCUGCGGCGCAGUAUCCCGCCGGGAUCAACCAGAUGCAGGCCACGGCGAUGAGAAACUGCGGGCCCAUGAACCAAAGCGGACAAGUUCCUCUCGGAAACCACGUGAUGGGACACGCAAACGCUCACUUUCAGCCGCGUGUCCUGCCGAACGUCAACUGCAUGCUGCCCGGCGGCGCUGACGCCACGACCGACGCAGGUGAUGCGGCGGCGCUGUGCUGCAGCAUGGCUAACACUCCUCAGAUGAUGGUGUCCGCGGGGCACCUGUACCAUCAGCAGCAGCAGCAUCCGGCGCUGCAUGUCUCUGCUUAUCCCGGCCAGGGCCAUUCCUUCACUACGGCUCCUUUCACAGACAGUAACGUUCCUAACUCCAACAGCUUGCCUUGCCUGUACCAGGAUUAUCAGGGCUGCAUGCCUGACGGCGUCCCGCCGGCUAUGAGCUCUCUCUCUGGAGACGCAGGCCUGUACCGCGACGCUCCGCAGAAGCUGCAGGGUGAGGUUUCUGUGCCGGGGGGCUCUGGAAGUCAGAGUUCGGUGGAUGCGAUCUACAGAGCGGUGGUGGACGCCGCUGGCAGAGGUGUGCAGGUGACCAUCAGCGCUGGCGUGAGCGGCAGCACACAGGCCAGCCCCGUCCCCGCGCUCAGCGCCAUGAGUGCCUUCACCGCCUCCAUCGGCCCGCCACUCAGCCUGCCUCACGCCGUCAGCGCCGUCAUUCACACGCCACACGGAUCCGAGGGCACGAGCCGCCCGCCGCACAACCGCAGGAGCUCAGAGCAGAACACUCCCGAUGGUGCUGACGCCCACGAGUUCUUCCGCUCGCCGCGGCCGCACUGGGACGAGCCCAGCCACACGCACUGGAGAGGAGAGGAGUUUCUGGAGUGCUCCACACAGGUGCGCAGCAGCAAAGCCCUGAUGGAGUGUCUGCCAGAGAUGGCCUCCGACGCUCAGACAGACGACAGUGCUAGCCUGCGGUUUAGCCACCACUCCAGAGAGCGGCUGGAGCUCAACGGAGCGCUGCCUCGCGGAGGAUACGGGGAGCCGCUCACCGGAGACGACCAGUCGCCCGGAUCCUCCACCAGCUUGGAAGGGCCGCUGCUCAAAGACUACACUCACUUCAACGGGCACUUUAACGGACACUGUGCACCCAGCCCCUCGGACACCAGGAGCCUCAGCAGCGAGGAGGAGCUGCGGCACCCAGACUCUCCUUCAGCAGAGCUGCUGCACUACAGGCCCCGGGCCUUCAAUGUGAGCGAGCUGGUCUGGCCGAUCAAAGGCUUCCCGCCCUGGCCGAACAAACUGGUGGGAGAAGAGCAUGGGCGCAAUUCCAGCAUGCAGCUGUCAGAACAGGCCAGGGUGGAACCGGAGCAGCUGAAAACACUAACACAAGACCUUCAGAUGCUGGACAGAGCCAGCAAAAAAACCAGGAAGGCGGGAAAACUGAAUCAUCAUUUAGAAGCUGCGAUUCAUGAGGCCAUGAGUGAGUUGGACAAGAUGUCUGGAACUGUUCAUCAGGAUCGUCAAGUCAAGCUGCCCAAACCCAAGAGGAGGAAGAUCUCCAGAUAACAGCAGCGUCAGUGUCUCUCUCUCUCUCUCUUUGAUCGUGGUGCUACACUCUAGCAGACGACUCAUCGUGGCUCCGCCCUCAUCCAGUGACUGACAGGUGCUGGAUCAGCCAAUUAGAAAAGGCAGCAAAAACAACUUGCUGAAGAACUAUUUUUUUCUAGUGUACAAGGAAAAAUAUCAAAAAUGCAAAAAAACAAAAAAGAAAAUUACUGCAUUUAAGAACACAGACAGUCCAAAUAUUUCUGAUAUGUUUUCGAUGUGUAUAUAGACAAUACAGAAAUGUCAUGGUAAAAACAUGGGAAGAAGUGUAAAUACUGUAGGAUAAUGACAUGUACAAGCCAACUCAAUGCACACUUUAUCUUCAGCUGUACAAAACAGAAAUGUCUCAUCGGCCCAUAAGGCCCUGCGACAUUACAAUGAAUAAGAGUCAAUCUGAGACUUUUCUAAGCUUCAGUUUGAGUUGUAUUUUGAGUGUGUGUGUGUGUGUGUGUGUCGGAGUGGACUUCACCAGCUCAAUGGGUUAGAUGCGGGUUUGACUCGAGCUCGUGGGCUUCUAUAUAUAUAUAUAUAUA